AUGAGUGUUUACAAGAACAAAGGUAAAGAUGACAAUCACGCGAGAAGUAUCCUGGACACUGUUGCUACUACUACCACGACUACCGAAAAAGAGCAAGAAGAGACAUCGAAAGGAGUAGACUCACACCAAUUUGAGAUUCCAUCACAAUCUAGUCAUUCGCAAACUACUCCAAGUUUUCUACAAUCGCCAUACAGAGGUAAUGCACAACAACCUACUUCAGGCCAACCAACUCCUUCUCAAAAGACUUCUAUCCCUUCUCUAUCAACAUUGAACGAAUCUAUUCAACGACCGCAGUCCUCCGCAACCGCCCCUUCCUCGCCUCAGAAAACAAUAAGCGAUCCGGGUUUAUUAAUGUUGUUGGGUCCUAAUGUAAGUUCAUUUCCCUUUUGUGAACUGGCCUUCAUCGAGGCAAUGAAGUUGAGAUCAGAACAAGAACGUACUAAACAAGAGUUUUAUCGAGCGGAAAGUGCAAACAAAAAUUUAAACAUUAUGCAGUUGGCAUUGCAAGCACAAUUGCCGCCUAGCCAAAUCAGCCAAUUGCUUGCCGGUGGAAUACCCGGAAGUGCCGAUGACAUCAAACAAAGGGAAAUGAAUGCACGGCUGUCGUAUCCAGGUCCAUCCCAACAAACCUCGCCUUAUCCCCAAUCUUUUCUAUGGGCAAACCAGCCACCGAUUCAACCACGACUCCUGCUGGAGCAACAAAUUCAAAUGAUUCAAGCGCAGCAGAGACAGAUCCAACUCAACCUUCAACAGCAACAACAGCAACAACAGCAGCAACAACAGCAACAACAACAACUACAACUUCAGCAGCUGCUACAAGCAGCUCCACCCAAUGCAAUCUCACAAAUACCACAAAAGCGUUCCACAACCAAUGAUCUGAAUAUGAGUGCAAGCCCUAGGCAACCAAAGGGCUACAAAUUUGGGGGCAAUAUUGCCUCAAAUGCGUCACAAGAGAGACCACAGUCGCCCGCAAAGAUUGGUGCUAACGCUGUUGCAAACUUGAAUGCCCCCACGACCCCAUUUCGUGUGCCUAGACCAACAACUUCAUCAUCGACGGGCAGGCGAGCCAGAGGGCAUCAACGGUACAACUCGAUGCCCGUGCUGGCAAGUAUCACUGAGAGUACUACUCUGGGUUCAAGAACAAGGGGACCACGACAUGAAUCACAAUCUUCCGAAAACCCUUCGCCUUCCUUGCAGUCUCCGUCUGGCGUCACGUCGACAAUUCAAGUAAAUCCAAUACCGGCUCAACCUUUGCACGAGCAAAAGAAGCAAUUGUCACAACCACUGCAGGAAUCGAUGCAAUCUUUUCAGCAUGUUAUUCAAUUCCAUCACUGGCAACCUGAAUACGGUUCUGCAACAGCAACCAGUUCCACUAAUAAACCUCCCAGCCAUAAACGCCAUAAAUCAAUUACUAGGGACGAUUCAUCCUCUGCUUUUCAUCAACUUGAAUCUAGAAGCCUAGCUUUCAAAACUGGGCUUACUGGGGAGAAAGAUGACAUCACUGAACUGUCGUCGAGAAAGCGCAAGAUUGUCGACACCGUUGAUGAUGAUACUGCUGUAGACGAGGCUGACUUGUCAGCGGAUACAAGCUUGGUGGAGACUUCAUCGAAAAAGGACGAACUGGCACAUCCCCCGUCAUCUCGGGGACAUUCUCGUCAAGAGCUGAAUGUGGGCAGAUACCCACAUGAUAUUUUGACUGCUAACAAAUAG